AUGGAAUAAUUAUAAAGAUAGCCAGCUAAAUAACUUUAUUUUACAACUGAAUUGUUUAAGAAUAAAUUCAUAACAGAAAAAGAAAAAAUUCAAUUAAAAGAAUUUAUUAUUGCAUAAGAUGAUUUCUUAACCUCAUAUUUUGAUUAAUAUGAAAGAAGUGAUAUUACAGAAUAAGAAUUAAGAGAAGUAUAUUAAUUAAUAUCAAUUAGAAAUUAAUCAAAUUAGUUAGAGCAGACUAUUUUAAAGACACCAAAUAUAAGCAAAAUUGA